AUGUGUCCCUUAUUAAACUGUGUUAGAGUGGGUGUGAAAAAUGGAUUUUUCUUUCUAACUUCACCGGUAUAUGCUACGUCCCGAAAUUUCAGCGUGAGAUGUUUGAACUAUGGUAUGAACGUGGACAAGCGUACUAUUGCGAGUGCCGAACGAAAGCAGCAGACAUUCACAGAUAGAUCUCAACUAAAGUACGCAAGGAGGCUGGUAGUUAAACUUGGCAGCGCGGUGAUCACUAGGGAAGAUGGCAAUGGUCUUGCUUUAGGAAGGUUGGCUUCUAUUAUAGAACAGGUAGCAGAAUGUCAUCACGAAGGACGCGAGUGUAUCAUGGUUACGAGUGGAGCUGUGGCGUUUGGGCGACAGAAAUUGACGCAGGAGUUGCUCAUGUCGAUGUCCAUGAGGGAAACGCUUUCACCUAGUGAUCAUACUAGAGAAGACGCCGGCAGUAUCUUGGACCCACGGGCGGCGGCUGCGGUCGGUCAAUCCGAGCUUAUGUCUAUGUACGACGCGAUGUUUUCACAGUACAAUGUCAAAAUAGCUCAGGUUCUUGUAACUAAGCCAGAUUUCUACAAUGAAGAAACAAGGAAAAAUCUCUUUGCAACGCUUUCUGAACUUAUCUCUCUUAACAUCGUUCCUAUUGUAAACACUAACGACGCAGUUAGCCCGCCAAUGUACAUACACGACGAUACUGUUGUACCUGGAACUGGAAAGAAGGGUAUUGGUAUAAAAGACAAUGAUAGUCUCUCAGCGCUACUUGCGGCUGAGAUUCAAUCGGAUCUUCUUAUCAUGAUGUCGGAUGUUGAUGGUAUUUACAACAAACCGCCAUGGGAAGACGGUGCUCGUAUGAUGCAUACGUACACGUCUAAGGAAAAAGAUCAAGUACAAUUCGGUCAGAAAUCAAAGGUUGGUACUGGAGGUAUGGAUUCUAAAGUUAAUGCAGCAACAUGGGCCAUGGCACGUGGAGUCAGUGUAGUAAUAUGUAAUGGUAUGCAAGAGAAAGCUAUUAAAACCAUAAUAAGUGGUCGUAAAGUUGGUACUUUCUUUACUGACUGCCCCAGUAUAUCAUCCACCUCUGUAGAUGUUAUGGCUGAAAAUGCUCGCAGUGGUAGUAGAGUUUUACAAAAACUAUCGCCGGCUGAUAGAGCCUCAGCUAUUCACACACUGGCUGAUUUAUUAUUAGAUAAAAAAGAUCAAAUAUUAGAAGCAAAUGCUAAGGAUAUAGAAGAAGCAACUAAAACUGGCCUUGAAAAACCUUUGUUAAACAGGCUCUCUCUUAGCCAAGGAAAGCUUAAAACUUUAUCCAUAGGCUUGAAACAAAUAGCAGAUUUGAGUUACGAGAAUGUAGGAAGAGUAUUGCGGAAGACAAGAUUAGCGGAGAAUUUAAUUCUCCAACAAGUAACAGUUCCUAUAGGAGUUUUAUUGGUAAUAUUUGAAUCGAGACCAGAUUCCUUACCACAGGUUGCUGCGCUAGCUAUGGCUUCUGCUAAUGGCCUUCUAUUAAAAGGCGGCAAGGAAGCAGCUUAUUCAAAUAAAGCCUUAAUGGAACUUGUCAAAGAUUCUUUAAGUACAGUGGGAGCUCAGGAUGCGAUCUCAUUAGUUUCAACGAGGGAAGAAAUAAGUGACUUACUGGCGAUGGAAAAGCAUAUUGAUUUGAUUAUUCCUAGAGGUUCAUCUGAUUUAGUCCGAAGUAUUCAAAAACAAUCUCAACAUAUUCCUGUUUUGGGUCACGCUGAAGGCAUUUGCCACGUUUAUUUGGACAAAGAUGCUGACCAUGAUAAAGCACUUAAAAUUGUUCGAGAUGCGAAAUGUGACUACCCUGCAGCGUGCAAUGCUAUGGAAACAUUAUUGUUACAUGAAGAUCAUAUUUCAGGUUCCUUAUUUACAGAGAUUUGUAACAUGUUAAAACAAGAAGGUGUUAAGAUACACGCAGGACCAAAACUUGCGACUCGCUUAACUUUUGGUCCACCAGCGGCGAGGUCUAUGAAACAUGAAUACGGUGCGUUAGAAUGCUGUGUUGAAAUCGUAAAGGAUAUGGAAGAAGCUGUGGACCACAUACAUAAAUUCGGUAGUUCACACACAGAUGUUAUUGUUACGGAAAAUGAUAUGACUGCUAAACAAUUCCUAAGUGCAGUGGACAGUGCAUGCGUUUUCCACAAUGUGUCGACAAGAUUCGCAGAUGGUUACAGGUUCGGUCUAGGUGCAGAAGUAGGAAUUUCUACAGCGAGAAUACACGCAAGAGGUCCAGUUGGAGUAGAAGGCCUUUUAACAACUAAAUGGAUUUUAGAAGGAACAGACCACACCGCAGCAGAGUUUAAUGAAGGCAAACGUAACUGGCUCCAUGAAAAGCUACCAAUUAAU